AUGGCUGAUGAAGAAGGAUGGCGCAUAGAAGUUCCAGGGCCGUGUAUUUCCGAACUAACUGAUAUUGGCGGAAGACGAUGCCACGACGUUAAUGAAACAAAAUGUUUAUUUUCCCAACUUGGUUCAGAUCCUAGCGGGAACGGAACAGGAUCAGGAUACUACACUCAAAAGGAUUAUAUUGACAUCUUACGUGCAGCAAAGUUUAGAAACAUUGAAAUAAUUCCAUCAAUAAAUAUGGCUAAUCGGGCACGCGCUGCUAUUGUGGCCAUGAAUGCAUAUUCUAAACGUACAAAAAAUUACGAUAUGGCUCUAAUGGACGUUACCAAUGCACCAUUAUAUUUGAGUGACAGUUUGUAUAGUGAUAAUGCUAUAAAUCCAUGUAUGCCAUCAACAUAUAGGUUCCUUGACCGUAUCAUUAAAACAUUAAAAGCUUACCACAAAGAUGCUGGUCAUCCCCUUAAACUGUUCAAUGUAGGUGGUGAUGAUUCUCCACGAGCUGCAUGGCUUAAUUCUACAUACUGCGUUGAUUUAGGAAUAGUCGAUCCCGAUCCAUGGAUGAGAAUUAAAGUCAAUUAUACCACGAACUUGGCUAACUUAGCAAGAGCUAAUGGAGUUAACUUAGGAGCAUAUGAAGAAUUUUUUGUCGCUUUCCCAACACUGGAUCCGCUUGGUGGUCCACUCACACCCUUUUCGAGGUCACGUUUUCCGAAGGAAGUCGAAAUUUAUGUUACAACAAGAAAUACUCAGACAGAUACCUUGCUAAAGAGAGCAUUUGUUUUCGCCAACAACAGUUAUAAUGUAAUUCUGUCGCCCUCGAAUUUCAUGGCUUUAGAUCACGUGAGUGAACCUGAUCCAAGUCUUCCUGGCGAUUAUUGGGCUACAAGAUACAUCAAUAUAUCAAAGAUCUUUGGCUAUGCUCCAGAUAACUUCUGCUGUAACUUCAGACCAGAUAAAUUUAAUUAUGUUUCUACAAGAACUGAUGAAAUGGAAAACUAUGGUUGCUUGGAUGACAUUUAUUGUGAUUUUCCAAUUGGAAAAGCACUCGUAGAUAGAAUAUAUUCUAAUUUGAAAGGAAUGCAAACCCAGGUAUGGACUACAAAAAUCAGAAGUGAAGAACAUUUAUUUCAGCUACUUAUGCCAAGGUUGAUCGCUUUUGCUGAAAGGGCAUGGCAUAAAGCUCCAUGGGAGUCCACUUACCAACCAAGAAUAAACCUCCGACGUGGUUUCCCAAGACCUGAUUUAGAAGCCCAAGAAAAAGAUCUUGUUGAACUAUUGAGUAUUAUUGGACAUAAGGAAUUUGAUAGGUUGGCAGACCAUGGUAUUCAGCCAUUUAUGCCUCCUCCAGGAGCAAGAAUCCUAACCGUCAAUGAACCAGCCGUAAAUGGGAAACCAGGCAAAGCAAGAAAAAUUUUACAAACGGACAGGUCAUAUCCAGCAUUUGCACAGCAAGUGAUCUCACAAAAUAAAUGGCAAGAUAUCAAACCAGCAACAGAUAUUUCAAAUUUAAAGAUGACUGAACUUAAAUUUAGAGCAAGAAAUAAUGAUACGACUAAAUUUAGCAAAGUAACAACUCUAAAAGUUGAGGAAUCGAAAUCUCUACAACAAAGACUAUUUGAUGCUGGAUACUGGACACCUCCACAACAAAUCCGUGGUCCACGUGCAGGAUAAAAUAUCCAAACAUAUUACCUCUGUGCUGCUUGAGCUCUUCUCUGACACAAAAUUUAUCAAUUUAAUCGUUGUAGUGGUUUUUUUUUUGCUUUUAAGUGUCAAAACAAGCCUCAUUAUGUGUUCUGGGUUUGCGAUUUCAACAAUUUGUCAAAUAAUUGGACAUUAAAUGUGUCAAAGUAGACAUGACGAAUCUGAACAAUCGACAUCCGGUUUUCAUUGCUCAUUAAUCAUGGUCAUAAAAGUGUUUCAUCUAUGGUCAUGUGAGUGUAUGCCUUCAAACAUGUGUAAUUGUGGUGAUUGUAAUGUUCAUAAAUCAUGUGAAUAAAAAUUAUAAAAAAUGA